AUGCGCUACAGAAAUUGGGAUGUCCUUCUAUUUCCGGAAGGUUCAAAGGUUCCUAUCCAAGAGUUUAAGACACAAUGCUUCGUGACCAAGGACAAAGACUCGCCCUGUCUACACAGUGCAAUUUUCCUUGGCCAUCAUGCCCAUCAUCCCGAACCAGGCCUUUUUAACCAGCUGCCAGUUCUCACAACAUUCAUCCCGAGUAUGCCCAAAGACAGUCCAUUCCAAGUUUCAGUUCAUAGUUGGGAGAAGCCACGCCCCAGCGUCCAGAUCGAGUCCAAUAUGGAACCUGAGGACGUUUUACUCUUCGAGGUUCGGAUCUUCAUUGAUGGAAUUUUCGCUGCGUGA